AUGUCUGCCCCUGCCACCGCGCAGCGAUUGAAUGGCAGUCUGAGGACUUCUGAUACUCGUCGCCCCGUUGCUCAUUUCCUGCCCGACCAAGUAAACGGACUUCCUGAUCGCACGCGCGCGAAUGGCCACGGUCCCGACGCGGAUUCCCUCUCGGACAGCUCCCUCUCCACAGCCUCCAACAUAGUAAACGGAACCAAACCACGGCCACCAGGCAUGGCUCGCAAGGCCUCUUCACCCAUGGCCCCGGCCUUUAUGGUGUCCGCCCCGGGCAAGGUCAUUGUCUUUGGUGAACACGCCGUCGUCCACGGCAAGGCAGCCCUGGCCGCUGCGAUUUCCCUCCGAUCCUACCUCUUGGUCACCACCCUCUCGAAAUCACACCGCACAGUCACUUUGAACUUCCGUGACCUGGGCCUUAGCCAUACAUGGGACAUUGACUCACUCCCGUGGAACGUGUUCCAGCAGCCCGGCAAGAAGAAGUUCUACUACGACCUUGUCACGUCCCUCGACCCCGACCUUGUCGCAGCCAUCGAACCCCAUCUGGAGGGCGUCUCCAAAGGCGUCCCCGAAGACCAGCGCAAGAACCACGUCCGCUCCGCCUCCGCAUUCCUCUACCUCUUCAUGUCCCUCGGUUCCCCGCAGAGCCCUGGUGCCGUGUACACCCUCCGCUCCAAUAUCCCCACCGGCGCCGGCCUGGGCAGCAGCGCCAGUGUCUGCGUCUGCCUGAGUUCCGCGCUCCUGCUCCAGAUUCGUACCCUCGCGGGUCCUCACCCUGACCAACCAGUCGAGGAGGCCGAGACCCAGAUUGAGCGCAUCAAUCGCUGGGCCUUUGUUGGCGAGCUCUGCAUUCAUGGAAACCCUAGCGGGGUGGACAACACGGUUGCCGCGGGCGGCAAGGCUGUGAUCUUUAAACGUGAAGACAUGAAUAAAAACCCUACGGUCAUCCCCUUCCCCGAUUUCCCCGAAUUGCCUCUUCUCCUGGUCGACACUCAGCAGUCGCGCUCGACCUUGACGGAGGUGGCCAAGGUUGGCCAGCUGAGGAAGGCUCACCCCAUCGUGACGGAAUCGAUUUUGAACGCCAUUGACCAAGUAACGUGCUCCGCGCGCCGACUCAUCGAGGCCCCGGAUUUCGAGGUCAACGAAAACACGCUCGACCAAUUCGGUACCCUGAUCCGUAUCAAUCACGGCUUCCUCGUUUCCCUGGGCGUUUCACACCCCCGCUUGGAGCGUAUUCGCGAACUCGUCGACUACGCCAAUAUUGGUUGGACGAAGUUGACCGGUGCUGGUGGCGGUGGAUGUGCUAUCACCCUGCUCAAACCAGACACCAAGCCAGAGGACGUCCGCGAGCUGGAGAAGAAGCUCGCCGAGGAAGGCUUCAACAAAUAUGAAACCACCCUUGGCGGCGACGGUGUCGGCGUCCUCUACCCAGCCGUACUUCGCAACGGCUCCGACGAGGAAGGCGGCGAGGAGAUCGACCAGCAAAAGUUCGAAGAAGCCGAAGGUGCCGAGGGCAUCGAGCGCCUCGUGGGUGUUGGAUUCCACGAAAGGCGCGAAGGGUGGAAAUUCUGGAAGCGCGCCACUCAAUGA